AUGUAUGUACCAACAUGCCCACUGCCUACUUACAGCAAGGUUCCUAAGCUCCUCACUCAAUUCCAACCGCGAAAGCGAAGCAGGUAUGCCUUUGUUGCUGUGCUCACAUCAACCCCUCCGAGGAGUAGGCACGGCAUCGACCGCCCGAGAAAUAUUGUUCAGACGCUUGCGUUCCUGAGCAAAGACCUGCGUAGUCGCGACGAAUUACAAUACGACUUGUCCAACAAAUACGCAGACGGGAAGGAGGAUGACGACCGUUGA